AUGUCCUGCUCUGACUUUGACAACUGGGAGCCAGUUGAUGAUGACCAGGAAUCGCCAAAUAGUCCGAAGGAAGCCUCUGAGUCAUCCCUUGGGCUUCCUUUUCAAGCUACAACAGAUAACAGCAAAAUAAAGCCGUCGACAUCUCCUAUCCGAUCUAUUCAGAACUCAACCCGCGAUUCGAUUUCCUCUAUGGACAGCACUGCAUUAAAGUCUAUGCCUGCAGAUCCUCAAUUGGCAGAAGUUGAUCCAAUAACAGGUGUAAAUAGCCCCCCUAACAAAAACGCAUCCGCGUUGAGUUCUGUGAGUAACAUCAUAGAUUCGACCAAGGGUGUUGACAGAAUAGACGAGACAGAUGGACUUCCUUCAAGUUCUUUUUUCAAUAAUAUGCUCUCCUCUCUUUCUUUUAACAAUGGAGGAAAGCCCAGUACUCACUCUAGGGCCCUCUCAGAGUCUUCAACGCAGGGUUCGCCUAAUAUCAUAUCAUAUCGGAAAUCGACCCCCUCUAGAAGAUCUAGAAGGUCAAUAAGUGUUGACAAUGAGAUACCUACCUCACCACUUCAGCAGAUGGAGAAACCUGAGGAAUUACUCUCCCAAGAUUAUGAUAAAAGACUCUAUAUUGACGAAAAACUCGCCGAAACACCUUAUAGAUUCGCCGUGGAAGCAAGGAAUGAAGAAUUUCACAACAUUUUUAAAUCAGUCCCCGACGAUGACCGCCUGUUAGAUGACUUCAGUUGCGCUCUCAGCAGAGAAUUUCUCUUUCAAGGCCGCAUAUAUGUCUCACAGUUCAAUAUAUGUUUCAACUCCAAUUUAUUAGGGUGGAUCACUAACUUGGUCAUAUCUUUGAAGGAUGUUGUCGCUAUGGAAAAGACAUCAACUGCGGGACUGUUUCCAAAUGGAAUCUCAAUCGAAACGCAUCUUGGAAAGCAUCAGUUCGCAAGCUUUAUUUCAAGAGAUACGACCUUCGAAUUUAUUAAAACUGUCUGGAGAACUUUUAGGGAGAGUGAGGUUCCUGUGCCACCAUUAACAAGGCAGAGCUCAAGUUUAUCAAAUGUACCCGAUGCAUUCCCAAUGACGAAUCGUGAGUUGACUUUGAAAAUCCUACCGGAGAUCGCCAGUAGUGAAAUUCCAUCCAGUCGUGCCUCUAUCAUUAGCGAAAAUGAUUCCAAAAUUGACGAUGCUAUUUUAUCUGUUGAUGAUUUUACCCCAUCGAUUGCGAUCUCGGGAAGACUUAAAGAAGAAGAGGAAGAUGGCGAAGAUGACGAGGAUGAUUACGAUGAGGAGGGUGAGGACGAAAUUGACUACGAUGACUACGAAGAGGACGAAAAUAGUCUCAAAAGUCAUGAACUCAAAGGAAAUAGUACGGUGAUUGUAUCAGAUGAAGAGGAAGGAACCCUCACUCAAUCUUCUCUCAAAAUUUUUAAGCUCAAAGAAAAUAGUGGUUAUGAGUAUGACGGCCCUGCCUAUUUUCAGGAAACUAGCUUCGUGUACGUUCCAGAGGACAACAAUGAAUAUGUUCUUGCAGAGCUCGAAUUAAAUGCGCCUCCCGGUGUAGUAUACCAGUUGAUGUUUAGUAAUGAAAAUUCUGCGUUCUUGAUUGACUUUCUGAAGUCUCAGAAGUCCUCCCAAAUUUCUCCAAUAACAGGCUUUGAUAAUGUGAAUAAAGAUGGGCAGCAAUACAGGGAAUAUAAUUACGCCAAGGCAUUGAACUAUUCAGUGGGCCCCAAAUCGACCAAAUGCCAAGUUUUGGAAACUGUGCUAAACAUGGACUAUGAAAACUACAUCAACGUUUUAAACACAACAAAAACUCCGGAUGUGCCAAGUGGAAAUAGCUUCUCCGUCAAAACUCGCUAUAUGAUGCGAUGGGCAUCAGCAAACUCGAGUAUCCUAAAGAUAUCCUUUUGGGUGGAUUGGACAGGGAGCAGUUGGAUAAAGUCAAUGGUGGACAAAAGCUGUAAGGCCGGUCAAAUUGAAGCCACAAAAACUAUGGUUGAUUUGAUAAAUGAGUAUAUUAACAAGUAUGUCGAAGAAGGCAAAACCUUGGUUGCCAAACAGCCUCGCAAAAAACAACCUCAGAGUAGGCGUGUCAGCAAAACAUCUAGCAGGUCCUAUGAACCUGUCAAAGGAAGUGGUCGCACAAGUGGUCACGAACAAACAAACGAAAACCAAUUCCAGGGAGAUUGGUUCUCUAAGAGCAAUACAGUUGUUAUUUUGCUUUUCAUAAACAUGGUUCUGUUGUGCCUAGUCAUAUUGCAUGAGCAGAAUAUUCUCCGCCAGAUUAAAAAAGCCGACUCGAAUAAUCGGAUAUACAGCAGUAGCUUCACGAUUGAUCAAGUCUUGAACGACUUAAGGAAUAUUUUCAAAGAAUCGAAAGAAAGUGUUUCGAGCGAUUUUGCACAAAUGAUGAAAUCUUCUGAAGAGCUUGAAAUUUGGGAUUGGCUCAACGAAAGAGCAGAACAGAACAAAAAUUAUGCUAUGAAUGAUCAUAAAAGGGAUCGGUAUCAGCGCUACUUGUAUUAUAUGGUUAGGCAGUGGGUACGUGGCGAGAUAGCACCUGAGGAGUCUCAAGAUUUUCUGCAAAGAUUAGACAAGUUGAUGAAGAUUGUCAGUGAUUCUAAAGGAAUAUCAGACAAAACCGAAUCUGAACCAUUCAACGUUUCAAAAAUAAAAAAUGCAGUGGAUUAUUUGAUCAAUAUUUGA